AUGAUGAUGAUGAAUACAUUGAAUCCUGGAAUGAAUAAUCCAACAUGGCAAGAUGAAUCAAAAAGAGCCGCGAAAAAGGGAUUCCCAAGUAUUAAGAUAAGGCUUGAUCAAGAGUUGUUGAGCAGUCGUACUCCUAAUAACUCUUCUUCUCCUCUUCUGGAACCCGACCACUCUUCACCUAGCUCCUCACUACAACAACAACAUCAAACAUUUCCUGCCAUUAUAUAUCAUUCUUGUUCAUCUCCCGAAAGUACUUUGAAAAUCCAAACAAUUAAGAACGCACAAAACACCACUUCAGUACAUUUAUGUAGGGACGUCAUUCAUAUUAUUUGUUCGUUCCUCUCCGAUCGUGAAUUAUGGCUUUGUGCACGAUAUAUCAACUCGGCCUUCCAUGAUGAAUCAUUGAGGAAUGAUGUAUGGAAGAAGUUAUAUUUGAACAAAUACCGAUCAGUAUUAGAUCCUACAGAAGUUAUAAUUCACAGAGAAGCUCGUGAUGAUCACACUGAGUGGUGGAAAUUGUUCAUGGAACGAGAAAUAUGGAGCCAAUUUCGUUUUAGUACAAAAGAGAAGGAAAAUUUUCUGUUACAAGAAGAAUUUUGUGAGCUAUUUCAAAGCAGUCUCGCUCAGUUUGGACCUUGUGAAACCUAUUAUUUGAGAAUUAUUGCAUUCAAAAACUUGGCUGUUAAACAUGGCUUUUUGUUUUAUAAUGACGCCUUCUUUCAUGGGCCAAAGUUUGGUUGGCACUCUUUCUUGAAAGUGGGCGCAGCCUCAUGCCAUUCCAUUCCAAGAGUUGAUAUCGAAUCAAUACUUCUUCUGGGAAAAAGAAUUCUCCACGAAUACUCCUUAAAGCUCGAUGUUUCGCUUAACCUUCCAGAUACGCCCACAUGUAUGAAUCAAAUUCUUAUCAGUAUUCUCUACAUUCUUGUGCAAGCUUAUUCCAUUAUAGGAGAGUUUUCUAAAGUGAUUGUCUACUGCUGUGAAAUUAUUGAGAGAACAAGGAAAGCAGAACAUUGCACAAUUUUAUGCAAAUUGCUGAAUAGGCUUCGAUUUUAUAGAGGAUAUUCAUUGUUCAGGAUGGGACAAUUCACUCAAGCCAGAAAAGAUUUGAGAACGCAUCUCGAGUAUCUACAAUGGCCCAAAUGUGAUGAAGAACUCAGAAAUCCUCACUCCAUAGGUCAUUUACUGAAUGUUUACUAUACCCUAAUGAUGAAUGAGAUCCAAUCUAGAAAUGUUGAAGCUGCAUGUGAAUAUUUCAAGAUGUUUUUAGGGCAGUGCUUAGUGAUGGACAGUAUUGAACAGUAUACUUCAUGCUCCAGUAAUUUCAGCUCUAAUUGUCUUGAAAUGUUCACACAAAUAGAAAAUGAAAUACUCUCUCAACACAAGCAUGAUUUGUGGGAAAAGAUCAAUUCCACAUUUCCCUCCUUGCCUUAUUUACCUUUAGCAGAACACUUUUAUGAGAAGCGAAGGUGGAAAUUUGCGAAACAUCUCUUCCAACAGUUUGAGUCUGUUUCGUUUGCACACAACAAUACGAGCAGGAUGUCUUUGGAAGAUAAGUCCGUAUUCACACAACAAAUUGCUCAUGCCAAGAGGAGAAUCUCCCAAAUAAACGCCAUGCUCACAAUGGCCAAAGUUUUUUGA